GGCUCAAUCUAUAGUUUUAAAAAGAGGCAGCAGAGCCACGCCAGUCACAAUGAGUGGCGGCUUUUUGCCAGUGCUGCUAGGGCAUGUUGAUGACCACGCUCCGACUCAAUCGAAGCCGAUCCAGGAGCCCGAUGAAUUCAAUGCCAAAGUUGCAGAUGACAACUUUCAGCUGUACCAAGCCUGCGCAAGCGGUGAUCCAGUGAACGCCAAAAGGCUGCUACUUGCCAAAGUCGAUGCCAACAGCAAGGACUACGGCGGUCGGACUCCCUUGCACUUGGCUUGCGGAUGUGAGUUUGCGGGUGCCAAAGAGGUGGUGCAGCUCUUGUUGGACCAUGGUGCAGAUGCCAAUGCCCUCGACAAGAUUGGCAUGACGCCCAUGGACAUAUCUGUGAAAACUGGGAACCGCUCCAUCCGGAAGGUCUUGGAGGCAAGUGGUGUGGAACUUCAAUCCGCCUUGGAACAAAAGGCGAGGGAGAGUUCCUGGCUGCUGAAAUCCUCUGAUUUCAAGCUUAGGAAGGAACUUGGAAACACCUUAAAGAGUGUGGUGCAUUUGGCAGAUUGGAAUGGAACCACGGUCGUGGUGAAGUGCAUCAAGAUGAAGCAUCGUGUCGUAAUGAAGAAGCUCAGAAAGUCGCAGAGUCUUUGUUUAUCACUGGACAAUGAUGAACUGGAGGCAUUGGAUGGUCCAACGGAGUUGAUGGUACCAACCAAGUCGGAGCCAGAGAUCGUGCAGGCUUGUACCGAAGAGCUUCUUCAUGAGAUCCAAUUGCUGUCGUCCCUUCGACACCCCGACUUGGUCCUGUUCCUGGGCGCUUGCUUGGAGCCUGACCUGCCAGCCAUGUUCGUCACUGAGUACAUGCCCAAAGGUGACCUUGAGCACUACUUGUUCGACAUGAGAAGGAAGAAGCAAACUCCGCACUAUGCGCCACCCUUGUGGCAAACACUGGAGUGGAGCUUGGCCAUUGCUCGUGCCUUGGCCUUCCUUCACAACUUUCCAGUGGUCCAUCGAGAUUUGAAACCGCUGAACCUGCUCUUGACCAAGACUUUGGACGUGAAAGUCACGGACUUUGGCAUUUCCAAAAUCAUGGCGUUUCGCCCAGAAGAGGGCCCCAUGAACAUGAAGCGUGCCAACAGCAGCCUGUCCACUAUGACCCUGGGAGUGGGGACCUACACCUAUAUGGCACCGGAGGUGGUGAGAACCCACAACUACACUGAGAAGGUGGACAUCUAUUCCUUCGCGCUCAUCAUGUUUUACCUCAGCUCCGGAAAGCGGCCCUUCUAUACCUUCGCCCAUCCCAGCGACAUCUUGGACCGGUUCGUGGCCGGAGCAGAGCCCCGCCCCGAUGCCGGGGAAUGCCACAAGGUCUUGCGACCGCUGAUCCAAGAGUGUUGGCAUAAGAAGUCGGAGGACCGACCCUCAGCCGAAGACAUCUUGGUUACCUUGCAAGAGAUGAAGGCCACCUCCUCCUGGUGUGGCCUCAGCAAGGUCUUUAAAAGUGGGCGCUGAGUUGAAGCUCGCGUCAGCUUUGCCUUGUCAUAUUGCAUGAUUUUCGUUUCAAGUGCCCCUACCCGGCAAGAAGCUCGGGCUAAAAGGCAGUUUCUUGACUCGUGCGCAGGCUUCUCCUGAGCGGAUUGCUAGGGAGUUGAAGCGUUGCAGAAUGAGAACACGUUUUGACGCAUGGAGAG